AUGGAUAUCGAUCCAAAAGCACCAGAAAGUGCUGCCUCGGUGGCGCCAGCCGAUACUGAAACUAAAGAUGCUGACAGCAUAUCUGAGACAAUGAGUCAACUGAAUAUUGGAGAGGCAUCCUUUGGCUUCAAGAAGAAGCCAGUUAUCGUAAUCGUUGUGGGCAUGGCAGGAAGUGGAAAGACUACCUUUCUUCACCGGCUAGUUUGCCACACAAUGGCAUCAAAUAUCCGUGGUUAUGUUAUGAAUCUCGAUCCUGCUGUCAUGACCCUUCCAUAUGGAGCAAACAUCGACAUCAGGGACACUGUUCGAUACAAGGAGGUCAUGAAGCAGUUCAAUCUUGGACCAAAUGGAGGAAUUUUGACUUCCCUUAACUUGUUCUCGACGAAAUUUGAUGAGGUCAUCUCUAUGGUCGAGAGACGUGCAGAUCAGCUUGACUAUGUUUUGGUUGACACGCCCGGCCAAAUCGAGAUUUUCACUUGGUCUGCAUCUGGGGCUAUUAUUACCGAGGCUUUUGCAUCAACAUUUCCCACCGUAAUUGCUUAUGUUGUUGAUACACCACGUUCGGCAAAUCCAGCUACCUUCAUGAGCAACAUGUUGUAUGCUUGUAGCAUCCUUUACAAGACUCGGCUGCCACUAGUGUUAGUAUUCAACAAGACGGAUGUAGCGCAACAUGAUUUUGCCCUGGAGUGGAUGAAAGAUUUUGAGGUAUUUCAUGCGGCAUUGGAUUCUGAUCAUUCCUACACAUCAACUCUGACCCGUAGCCUCUCGCUGGCUUUGGAGGAAUUCUAUAUGAAUCUUAGAUCUGUCGGAGUUUCUGCAGUCACUGGGGCUGGAAUGGAUGCCUUCUUCAAAGCCAUUGAAGCCAGUGCUGAUGAGUACAUGGGAACUUACAAGGCUGAUCUUGACAAGAGACGGGCAGAGAAGCAACGGCUGGAGGAAGAAAGGAGAAAAGAAAGCAUGGAUAAGCUGAGGAGAGAUUUGGACAAGUCCCGUGGAGAGACUGUGGUGUUGAGCACGGGUUUGAAGGACGAUGUUGUUGAUGAAGAUGAAACACAGGAAGAGGACUAUGGGAAGUUUAGUGAAGAAGAUGAUGAAAUGCAAGCUAGUGAUGAGAUAGAUGACGAUGAUGAAGAGGUUGCUAGUUUUUCGUUUUAA